AAAAAAGCAUUAAACAAGAAGGAAAAAGGGAAAACACGUCCUCCCCACAUUUGUCCCUUUCCCGCAUUAAUGCGUUAAUCACUUAAAUUCUUUAGAGUAUCAUCCAGAUCGGCGUGUAUGAUGUCAAUAAGAGGGCGAAACAGAGAGAUCUGCGCCGACUGCAGCGCUCCCGAUGCUCGUUGGGCUUCAAUCAAUCGUGGCGUUCUGAUCUGUGAUGAAUGCUGCAGUAUUCACCGAGGUCUGGGUCGCCACAGUUCUCAGAUCCGGCAUCUGACCCAAACUGUGUGGCCCCCCUCUCAGCUACAGAUGGUGAAGUCCUUGUACGAUAAUGGAGCAAAUUCAAUCUGGGAACACAGUCUUCUGGAUCCAUCUUCCAUCAUGAGUGGAAAGCGUAAAGCAAACCCUCAUGACAGAGUCCACCCCAACAAAACGGAUUUCAUAAAGGCUAAAUAUCAAAUGCUGGCUUUUGUUCAUCUUAUGCCGUGUCGAGAAGAUGAUAGUGUCACUGCUAAAGACCUCAGCAAGCAACUUCACUCAAGUGUGAGAACCGGCAAUUUGGAAACGUGUCUAAGGCUGAUUUCAUUGGGAGCGCAGGCUAACUUUUUCCAUCCAGAGAAAGGAAAUACUCCAUUACAUGUGGCAGCUAAAGCAGGUCAGCUGUUACAGGCAGAGCUGCUUACGGUGUAUGGGGCAGAUCCUGGAGCUCAAGACAGUUCUGGGAAUACACCUAUUGACUACGCCAGGCAAGCAGGACACCAGGACCUCGCUGACAGGCUGGUAGAGAUACAGUUUGAGCUGACAGACAGACUAGCAUUCUAUCUGUGUGGAAGAAAGCCAGAUCAUAAAAACGGUCAACACUUUCUAAUUCCUCAAAUAGCAGACAGCAGUCUUGAUUUGUCAGAAUUGGCCAAAGCAGCAAAGAAGAAACUUCAAUCUCUCAGUAAUCAUCAGUUUGAAGAACUUGCCAUGGACGUUUACGAUGAAGUUGACAGAAGAGAAACAGAUGGAGUGUGGCUUGCAACUCAGAACCACAGUACAUUGGUAACAGACACUACAGUGGUACCUUUCCUCCCUGUCAACCCUGAAUAUUCUUCGACUAGGAAUCAGGGCCGACAAAAGCUUGCGAGAUUCAAUGCACAUGAGUUUGCUACGUUGAUUAUUGAUAUUUUAACUGAUGCCAAACGUCGUCAGCAAGGAAAUUCUCCUGAUAAUAUCAAAGAUAAUGUAGAGUUAAUUCUGAAGGACAUUGGCAACCGGCACGGCAGUGAAAGUCCAGAGAUUGACCAACCGGAUUACGACAGUGUGGCUUCAGAUGAGGAUACUGAGCAUGAACCAACAUCUGGAAAUGACGAGCGGACCAAGAGUUCUGAAUCUUCAGACCUUUCAGACAGCCCCAUCACUGUGCAGGAGUUCAUGGAGGUGAAAAGUGCCCUCAAUGCCUCUGAGGCAAAGAUCCAGCAGCUCCUCAAAGUCAAUUGUCAUCUUAGUGAGGAGCUGAAGCUCAUGCAGAGCAAGUUGAACUCCCUCCAGAAUGAGAACAGCACACUGAAAUGGCAGACUCCUAACAGUUUAGCAAGGCCGCAGGACCUUCCGCACAGGGCACCUCCACGCGGCUGCAGAGCCAUGUCAAUGUAUGAGACCGGCUCCGGUCUGAGGCAGUACCACCCUAGAGGAGAGACCGCCCAUCCUGACACAACCCUCAUUCUUCAGCCACUGCCUUCUAAUAUUGGGAAGGGUCCCUCCAUGACCGCCUUCUCGUCCCUUCCCUCGUUCCCUUCAUCUCUGUCCUGGUCGUGGGAUGAGAGAACUCAAAGGGGCUCCAGCCUAGAUGCCCAGAGCAACAUGCCAGAGAGUGACUAUGAUAAUACACUUAACCAUGUCACGUUGGAAGAUCCUGGGUCUACGCAGAGUAACCUCUCCAGAGGGAACGGCUGGCCGGGCGACGGUACAGAAAACCCAUCUGAGGUUGAGUGUGACUCCACUUUACCAUGUACAGAGGAUGUCAUCAGCAAAACAGAGCUAAUCACUAAGAACAUCCAGGAAUUACUGAGAGCUGCGCAGGAUAAGAAGCAUGAGAGCUUUGUCCUGUGUUCGGAAAGAAUUCUUGUUGCAGUGACAGAAAUGGCCACGUUAUUUCCUAAGAGGCCGAGUUCUGAGACGGUUUGCGGGUCCUUGCGUCUGCUGACCUCCAGUGCCAGUCGUCUGCAGGGCGAAUGUCAAAAGGCCUCAACACAUGACUCCCAGCAGGUUAUUCAGUGUGCCUAUGACAUUGCGAAGGCUGCUAAACAGCUAGUUACUGUGACCACCAAAGACAGUACCUGACUUAGGAGUAUCUGAGCGCCUUUUCUGUCCAUUUUGUUUGAUGGUGUUCAUUUUUUUAUUAGCUUUGUUCCUGUUUUACGGCAACAAUUUUAUUGGUGGUGUGUUGUUUCUGCAUAAAACACAAUUGAAUUUGUCUUUGCUGUAUUAUUCCAAGUAUUUUUUUAUUUUUUUUUAAUGUAUGCAUCUUUCUACAUAGACUAACUUAACUUGCAAGGCACUAAGCCUUGAUAAGCAGUGGCUUACUUUUUAAAUGAAAUCCAUAUUUUAUUUGUUUCCCAUGGUGCUAAUUAACAGAUUAUAACAAUGUCUGUUUUGCUUUUGUGUAUGGAUAAACCGAACAAGGCAUGUAUUCAUUUACAACCUGCACAUUUCAAAAAUACCAGAUGAGGUGUUUCAGUUUUACACAAAAGAAAAUCAUCAACUGGUUCUUUGCCGUUGGACUUGGCUACUGCUGAAAUGGUUUAGUAAGUGUUUCGCUGUCUUGAUAACAGCUCACUCACAAUGUGACAGUAACGUAGAUGUGAGGGUGCAAAAUGCCUCAUUUCCUGUGCAAUAAAUACCUUUUUGCCUUGCUGCAGAAUGCUACCUUACUCCUCCUGGUGUUACCAUUGUUUUAAGUAUUCAGAGUGUGUAGUCUUAUAAUGAAGUGCUUUAAGAUGUGAGCUGUUAUACAUCACUCAUACAUGUAUGUGUGUUUGUGUGUCAAUUAUAAACUCAAAAUAUAUACUUCCUCACACGGCACACUCUGAUGUGAUAUGUGUGUAGUGCACCUAGUAAGGGCUGUAUGUAUGUUUAUAAUUAUUUUCACUAUAAAUAAUGAUUUAAUUUGUUUUUUCUCAUUGCUAUCCAGAUUAGAGAUUCUCUGUAAUUUGUUUUAUUUCUUUGCAUUUUAAUCCCAGGUUUAUCUGUGAAGGUUUUCAUUCAUCCAGGUCAUCGAAAAAUGGCAGUAUGACAGCAUUUUAGUACCACGUUAAAAUAAAAUAAAGUCUUUUAAUUUCUCUAUUUUUUAUUUUUUUAUUUUAAGGUGUCAAGUCAACCUUUAUUUAUAGAGCACAUUUAAAAAACAACAGAAGUUGACCCAAAGUGCUUUACAGAUCAAAUAAACAAAAUGACAGAGUGAUAUAAAAACAGAUUGAUUUAAAGUUAAAGAUAAAACAUAAUCAAAUAAAAACAUUUAAAAUACAACACCAUGUAUUUAUCCAUUUCAAACUAUUCAAUGAUCUAUUCAAAAGGUGGAACUAAAACGCCUUCAUAUGGCUGUUUAUUCAUGGUCAACUGGAAAAGAAAAAAAAGCCCAUGAAUAAUCUAUGUGAUAUUGAAGUGAUAUGUUCAUUUGUUACCUUGUCUGUCCAAAGAAUGUGUUCAGGUGUUGCCUAAAAAUACCAGUAACAAACAAUUGCUUAACGGCUACCAGCUGCUGUGUGAUUCUGGGUUUAUGUGGUAUUGCUUUGUAUUAUUUAACACCUUGUAUUAUAUUUAUAUUCAAGUUAUCAUGUAUGUAAGCUGCUGGUUGUCAAUUAUGUAUGCAACUACUCUGGUGUGAGUUAAAUCUUGUCUUUGUAUUUCUUUCACCUGUUGCUGGUGGAUGUGUCUUCAUGCAUCUACCUUCUCAAUGCUGAAGGUUACUGUGGCCUUCAUAUGGGAUAAACAUAAUGCGGUUUAUGCUGCUUCCAUGAGAGUGUUGUUACUAAAUAAUAAAACAGCACUUUAACUGUAA